UCUGAGUCCCCCUUCUCUCCUCCCUCAAGGUGAACUUCACAGUAGACCAGAUACGGGCCAUCAUGGACAAAAAGGCCAACAUCAGGAACAUGUCCGUGAUCGCCCACGUGGACCACGGCAAGUCCACGCUGACGGAUUCCCUGGUGUGCAAGGCCGGGAUCAUCGCCUCGGCGCGGGCCGGCGAGACCCGCUUCACUGACACCCGCAAGGACGAGCAGGAACGGUGCAUCACCAUCAAAUCCACAGCCAUUUCUCUGUUUUAUGAGCUCUCUGAGAACGACUUGGCUUUCAUCAAGCAGAGCAAGGAUGGUUCUGGUUUCUUGAUCAACCUCAUUGACUCCCCUGGGCACGUGGACUUCUCCUCAGAGGUCACUGCAGCUCUGCGAGUCACUGACGGUGCCCUGGUCGUCGUGGAUUGUGUCUCUGGCGUGUGUGUGCAGACAGAGACCGUGCUGCGUCAGGCCAUCGCCGAGAGGAUCAAGCCUGUGCUGAUGAUGAACAAGAUGGACCGAGCGCUGCUGGAGCUGCAGCUGGAGCCUGAGGAGCUGUACCAAACCUUCCAGCGCAUCGUGGAGAACGUCAACGUCAUCAUCUCCACCUACGGAGAGGGAGAGAGCGGCCCCAUGGGCAACAUCAUGAUUGACCCGGUGCUCGGGACCGUGGGCUUUGGCUCGGGCCUGCACGGCUGGGCCUUCACCCUGAAGCAGUUUGCUGAGAUGUACGUGGCAAAAUUUGCUGCCAAGGGAGAUGCCCAGCUCAGCCCGGCCGAGCGUGCCAAGAAAGUCGAGGACAUGAUGAAGAAGCUGUGGGGAGACAGAUACUUUGACCCUGCUACUGGCAAAUUCAGCAAAUCUGCCACCAGCCCUGAUGGAAAGAAACUGCCCAGGACCUUCUGCCAGCUCAUCCUUGACCCCAUCUUCAAGGUUUUCGAUGCAAUCAUGAACUUCAAGAAAGAAGAGGCAGCAAAACUGAUUGAGAAACUGGACAUCAAGCUGGACAGUGAGGACAAGGACAAGGAGGGCAAACCCCUGCUGAAGGCCGUGAUGAGGCGGUGGCUGCCAGCUGGAGAUGCCCUGCUGCAGAUGAUCACCAUCCACCUGCCUUCCCCCGUCACAGCCCAGAAGUAUCGCUGCGAGCUGCUCUACGAGGGCCCCCCCGACGAUGAGGCUGCCAUAGGCAUUAAGAACUGUGACCCCAAAGGCCCCCUGAUGAUGUACAUCUCCAAAAUGGUGCCAACCUCUGACAAGGGACGUUUCUACGCUUUUGGUCGUGUCUUCUCUGGUCUCGUCUCAACUGGCUUGAAAGUCAGAAUCAUGGGACCAAACUACACACCUGGCAAGAAGGAGGAUCUGUACCUGAAACCAAUUCAAAGGACCAUUCUCAUGAUGGGUCGCUACGUGGAGCCCAUCGAGGACGUGCCUUGUGGAAACAUCGUGGGGCUGGUUGGUGUGGACCAGUUCCUGGUGAAGACUGGAACCAUCACCACCUUCGAGCACGCCCACAACAUGAGGGUGAUGAAGUUCAGCGUCAGCCCCGUGGUGCGCGUGGCCGUGGAGGCCAAGAACCCGGCUGACCUGCCCAAGCUGGUGGAGGGGCUGAAACGCCUGGCCAAGUCUGACCCCAUGGUGCAGUGCAUCAUUGAGGAGUCUGGGGAGCACAUCAUCGCUGGCGCUGGGGAGCUGCACCUGGAGAUCUGCCUGAAGGACCUGGAGGAGGACCACGCCUGCAUCCCCAUUAAGAAAUCGGAUCCCGUGGUGUCGUACCGCGAGACGGUCAGCGAGGAGUCCAACGUGAUGUGCCUUUCCAAGUCCCCCAACAAGCACAACCGGCUGUACAUGAAGGCCAGGCCCUUCCCCGACGGGCUGGCCGAGGACAUUGACAAGGGCGAGGUGUCGGCGCGCCAGGAGCUGAAGCAGCGCGCGCGGUACCUGGCUGAGAAGUACGAGUGGGACGUCACCGAGGCCAGGAAGAUCUGGUGCUUCGGGCCCGACGGCACCGGCCCCAACAUCCUCACUGACAUCACCAAGGGAGUGCAGUACCUCAACGAGAUCAAGGACAGCGUGGUGGCCGGCUUCCAGUGGGCCACCAAGGAGGGGGUGCUGUGCGAGGAGAACAUGCGCGCCGUGCGUUUCGACGUGCACGACGUCACCCUGCACGCCGACGCCAUCCACCGCGGCGGCGGCCAGAUCAUCCCCACGGCCCGGCGCUGCCUCUACGCCUGCGUGCUCACCGCCCAGCCACGCCUCAUGGAGCCCAUCUACCUGGUGGAGAUCCAGUGCCCGGAGCAGGUGGUCGGAGGCAUUUACGGCGUGCUGAACAGGAAACGUGGCCACGUGUUUGAGGAGACCCAGGUGGCCGGGACCCCCAUGUUUGUGGUCAAGGCCUACCUGCCUGUCAACGAGUCCUUCGGUUUCACAGCAGAUUUGAGGUCCAACACAGGGGGCCAAGCCUUCCCCCAGUGUGUGUUUGACCACUGGCAGAUCCUGCCCGGGGACCCCUUCGACAGCGCCAGCCGGCCGUGCCAGGUGGUGGCCGAGACCCGCAAACGCAAAGGGCUCAAGGAAGGAAUCCCUGCCCUCGACAACUUCCUGGACAAACUCUAAUCAAACUCAUGGAACUCUGGGAGAAAAAUUUAAUUAAUUAGCGUUAUCACCCAUGCCGCCAGGGGGGUAGACGCCUGUGACCACCAUCUUGUUAAUUAAAUGGGAUUCAUAGCGAUUUUGAGAACUUCAAAUGAGGAAAACAAACAAAAAGAAAAAAAAAAACGCCUUAUAGGUUUCUGUGUUGCACAUGACUCAUCUUUGCCAUUGUAACUAAAACAUUUCCACUAGAUCUGCCCAAUUCUGUAUUUAUUUGACUCAAAAAAAAAAAAAAUACUGCUGCAGAAUGGCCUGGAAGGGGGUUGGGGUGUGCUUAAAAAAGGAGGACAGGAAAACAGGGGGAGAAAGAGAGGGGGUGAGGAUGCCUUAUCUGCAGUGUGACUGUCCGUCGUGCCCAUCGCCGCCUGUAUUAGUGCCACUGGAAUUAAUAAAAUUGGAUAAAUGGUGACGAAAA